CGGUUUCAACACACACACUCACACACACACUCUACAGAAAACAUCUUGAGUAGUUUAGAGCCAGUCCUCAGCAACAUAGGAAGAGAGAGUGGAAAAAAGGUGUGUGUGUGAGUAAGAGUAGUACGUUUAUUGUUUUUUUAUGUGGUGUGAGCAUUGAGGACAGUGUGUGUGUCGUCUCUGUGUGUGUGUGUGACAGUGUGUGUUUGAGUGUGUGUGACAGAGUGCUGGCGUGUGAUGGCUCUUUUGCGUUAGUACUUGUUCAGACGGGAGAGUUGGAGGCAGUUCUUUUGUAGGACUCGCAGGGAAUGGCAAACUACACGGUAACCCUGGAAACCUAUCUCUAAUGACAAUGGCUGAGGCGAUCUGCUGCACCUUGGUGAACUGUACCUGUGAUAGUUUCAAACCUGGGAAACUGAAGAAAAGACUGUGUGAGCACUGCAAGCAUGGAUGGGUAGCGCACGCUCUGAGCAAGCUGAAGCUGCACCACAUGUACCAGGGCAGCCAGGUGGAGAUCGUCCACUCUAACGUGGUCUUUGACAUCUGCAGCCUGAUGCUCUACGGGACCCAGGCAAUCCCAGUCAGACUAAAGAUCCUGCUGGACAGGCUGUUCAGUGUCCUGAAACAAGAGGAGGUCAUCCAGAUCCUCAACGCAUUGGACUGGACCCUACAGGACUACAUCCGAGGAUACGUCCUACAGGACAUAGCAGGGAAGGUGUUGGACCGCUGGGCCAUCAUGACGUUCGAGGAGGAGAUUGCUACGCUGCAGCAGUUCCUCCGCUUCGGUGAGACCAAGUCCAUUGUGGAGCUGAUGGCCCUGCAGGACAAGGAGGGCCAGGCCGUGCUGGUCCCCAGCACCCGCACCAACUCAGACAUCCGCACCUUCAUCGAGCGCAGCACCCCGCGCACUGCCACCAACAACGUCCUGACCCCCAAGGUGGAGAAACUGAGCUCGUCCAAAGCGCACCAUUUUGAGAACUUUAUUAAUAGUAUGGCGUUUAUGCUACCAUUUCAAUUGUUGGGCUCCGUGCCAGCGCCUCUCCUCGGGUCGCCACUGGGGGCGCUGCAGCAGCAAGGGGGGCAGAUGGAGCAGGGGCAGAGACGGGGGGACGAGAACCCCAACACCCUCCCCCUCCCCGGGCCGCCUCCCACCGAGAGCAGCCUGGUGGGCUCGAGCUCCGCCUCAUUCACCUCUGACCUGGACAGGGGUGGAGACAACCCUAUGGACGGCCUCUCGGCCACGCCCAAGAUGGAGGCUGAGGACUUCCCCACCAGCGACAACUACUCGGACGGCCGCUCCACACCCUGCACACCCUCCAUGAUGAACUCUGACUUUACCCAGAUGUCCCCGGAUAGCAAGCUCCAACACUCCAUGGACAGGAACGGGGGAGGAAGUCUCAAGAAGGGGCGUGUGUACUGCAGUGCGUGCGACAAGACCUUCUACGACAAGGGCACGCUGAAAAUCCACUACAACGCUGUGCACCUGAAGAUCAAGCACAAGUGCACCAUCGACGGCUGCAACAUGGUGUUCAGCUCGCUGCGCAGCCGCAACCGCCACAGUGCCAACCCCAACCCGCGCCUGCACAUGCCCAUGAACCGCAACAACCGCGACAAGGACCUGCGAGGAGGCGGGAGCCUUUCGGCCGACGAAGACUCCGAGGCAAGCGACAAACCGCGGUCUGAGUACCCCCACUCAUCCAUCCCGGUGUCCCUGACCUCGUCCCCCGACAGCCAGAAGUCAGUUGCCAGCUACAUGGUGAGUCAUGUGGACUCCACCACCAGCAGCACCAAGCUGCACCACAGCAGCUCCUUCCCCAGCAUGGGGCACCUGGGUCACGGCAUCCUCUUCCCCAACCUGAAGACAGUGCAGCCUGUGCUGCCUUUCUACCGGAGCCUGGUGACCCCUGCCGAGCUGGCCAACAGCCCCGGCCAACACCUCCCCUCCCUCUCCGUACUCUCCUCCUCGUUUCCCCUCAAACCUACCUCCAUCACCACCCCAGACGCCUGCGGUGCCAUCAUUGACCCUGUGCCCAAGAAGAAGUCGCGGAAGUCGAGCAUGCCCAUCAAGAUCGAGAAGGAAGCGGUAGAGAGGGAGGGGAGGAUGGGGGAGGACAGCGGUUCAGAGGACAUGAGCCCUGUACAGGGCAGGGACAAGGAGGAGUGUGAGAGAGGGGUAGGAGGAGGGGGGGAUUUGUGUACGAGACAGAUGGGUGUAGAGAGGGAGAGGGAGAGAGGAGUCAUUCUAGCUGGGGAGAGAGGAGUCAUUCUAGCUGGGGAGAGAGGGGAGAGGGAGGAGGUGAAGCGGCCAAGGUCCCACAGCCAGGAGAGAGAUGUGUGUGGAGGCAGGGAACAAGAGGAGGAUGAAGAAGAAAAAGAAGAGGGAUCCCGGCAGGCAGAGACCGGUAUGAUCACCUGCGCCUCAUCCCCCUAUGAUGGAAAACUCAACCACAGAGAGAACCACAGCCUCUCUCUGAGCAGAGACCACACAGAGACAGAGGGAGAGGAGGGCGACCAACCAACCUCCCGGCACCAAGACAAGCCGUGCGAUGACAUGGACCACCGACUGACCAACGGCGGUGUGUUCAGACUAGGCGACAGAGGGAAGGAUGAACCAGAGGGCUGUAUGGAAGACUACACCAACUCUAGCCUCCUGCAGUCUCGUAUGGACUCUCAGGAGGGGCCACUGGACAGGGAUGACCUUCCACACCACUGUGAGAUCUGCAGCAAGACGUUCAACAACCAGUACAGUGUGAAGAUGCACUACCGCAACGUGCACCUGAAGGAGAUGCACAUGUGCACGGUGGCUGGCUGUAACGCUGCCUUCCCCUCCCGCAGGAGCAGAGACAGGCACAGCUCCAACCUCAACCUCCACCACAAGCUGUUGACCAAAGACCUGUACAGCCCAUCACCCCGCUCCCUCUACUCCCCAGCCUCCCUCUGCAGGGACAAAGACCCUGUCAGCCUGGACUACCGCCAGGACCUGAGAGACCUCCAGAGGGAUAGAGAGCUCCAGAGAGACACAGGCAGCCAGACGUCCGUCAUCUUCAGAGGACACAACCGCAUGGGCCUGGUCUUCCCCAUGAGCAAGAUGGCCGACGAAAGGACAGGGGAGAAUGCAGGAGAGGAACUGGAAGGAGGAGGAGGGGUGGAGGAGGGGGCGGUACUGGACCUAAGUACGUCAUCGUCUGUACCUCCUCGUGGGGGUGGCAGCGCCCCUUCCUCCUGGGACUCGGAUGGGGCAGGCAGCGAGGAAGGGGAGGGCCUAGAGGAGGAGCCUCUGCCGAUGGAGGAGGACAGCGAUGGGGAAAGCUGCGACGGGAUUGGUCUAGGAGGCCCCGUUGGGGAAGGAUUAAGUUUGGGCGGGGACAGGACCCAGGGCUGUGUGGGGGGAGGACAGAUGGGGCCGCAGGGGGGCGGAGGUGGCUCACCCAUUACCUGCCACGUGUGCCAGAAGGUAUACAGUAACAAGGGGACUUUCAGAGCCCACUACAAGACUGUCCACCUGCGCCUGCUGCACAAGUGUAAAGUCCCAGGCUGCGACACCACGUUCUCGUCAGUACGGAGCCGCAAUAGACACAGCCAGAACCCCAACCUGCACCGCAACCUGACUGGCAGUGGUGGCGGCACCACUCUAGACCAGGAGUAGGGCCUUGCCCGAGCUUCAGCUCACACAGACCCUGAUUCACUCUCACUGUAAUCUUUAGUCUUUGUUUAUUUGACACCAGAACAGGCUUGCGGGUUAGCACUUUUUGAAAAAAAAUCCAUUGUUUUUUAGGGGGCAAUGUCUGUAGUGAGCUUGGGAUUGUGGAAUCCAGCUGUAUUUUUCUUUGUUAUGGCAGAUUGUAUCUGCUUUUUUUGUGCAAAUGUUACAGGACAGUAUAUCUCCCUGAAUGUUGAGUGGAUUUCUCCAGGUAUAUCAAGUUCAGCAACCUGAAAUUGUUCUGAGGUACACAUGAAGACCUUCUGCAUUCCAUUCCUUGGACACUCAUUUUCAACUAAUUAUGUUUCCUUUCCCCUGCCAACAUUUGUAAAUAUGUUCUUUUAAAUUGAUAUUUAUUGAUGGUACAUGUAGAAAAACAACAAUUUAUUUUGGACACGAAAUUGACAAGUCAUUUUCCCAUCAUUAAUUUUUGUCUUGAUUUAAAACACUUAAAAAUCAUGCAUCAUCUUUUAAAACGUUGUGCAUCUCAACCCCUCUCUCUAGCUCUUUUAUUUCUAUGCACUAAUUCUAAAUAGUUUGCCUUACAGUCUAGUAUAAUUUACUCACAUCCAGAAACCUGCCAGUUUCUAAAUCACAUACUGUUCAAGUGACACUUAUCUCCAGUCAUCAACAGUGGUGGAAAAAGUAAAGAUACCUUCAUAGAAAAUUACUCGAGUAAAAUUGAGUCACCCAGGAAAAUACUACUUGAGUAAAAGUACUUGGUUUCAAAACUAAAUGUAAAUGUAUAAAUAAUUUCAAAUUCCUUAUAUUAAGCAAACCAGGGGUCACCAUUUGUUUUUAAAAUGUACUGAUGGCCAGGGGCACACUCCAAAUCUCAGAUAUAACUUGCAAACUAAGCAUUUGUGUUUAGAGAGUCCGCCAGAUCAGAGGCAGUAGGGAUGACCAGGGAGGUUCUCUUGAUAAGUGCGUGAAUUGGACCAUUUUCCUGUCCUGCUAAGCAUUCAAAAUUGAACAAGUACUUUUGGGUGUCAGGGAAAAUGUAUGGAGUAAAAAUUACAUUUUUUUUCUUUAGGAAUGUAGUGAAUUAAAAGUAAAAGUUGUCAAAAAUAUAAAUAGUUAGGUACAAAAAAAAAAAAACUACUUAAGUAGUAUUAAAGUAUUUUUACAUAAGUACUUUACACCACUGGUUAUCAACUAUAACAAGUUAAAUAAUAUUUUCGGUGUUCUUCUUGGUAGUUAUUGUCGACUUUCCCUGUGAGUUUACACGUAUUGUUCCAAUCAAAAGCGUCUGUGACAUUCUAGAAGUGUGGCGUACGUUAGUUUCUUUGGACUGUGGUCUGUAAAGAUCUUUGUUUAAAAAAAAAAAGUUUGUGAACUUGAUGGAUAUAAGUUAUUGUUUGAUGUUGUAUGUGUGGUUCUGUUCCUCUCCUAUCGUUGCUGUUUUUGGAUGUUGCAUUAUGCUAGCGUGAUAACGUUGACCAAAGAUUUCUCAGUCCCGAGGUGCAUACGAAUCCAACCGCCUCAUGCAGUACAGUGUCCCUAUUAGGAUAGCCUCAGUCUUGGGCUGAGAUUGAGGCUGUCCUAAUAUAUGGACACCAUAUAUUUGAGGCUUGCAGUAUUAAAACAGCCUUCUCUUGACGCUCUUAUCUGAAAAUGCAUCACAGAAAAGUCAGUAUUCAGACUUGGGCUCUUAAAAAGAUAUUACAACUCUUGGAAGAACUUUUAUAUAUUUUCAUGGUAUUUUGUACUAAAAUCUGCUCACAUCUUGUGCACUAGAGUGGGUGAGGGCAUCAUUCUAGACAGACAGACGGUCAUUGUCUCCAAGAGUUGGAUCAUAUGAUAUUGUACUGUGAACAAGUCAAACACUGAGAAAAACAAAACCUGACUGAAAGAUAAGUAGCCAGGGCCCAAUGUCCACACACCCUUCAAAACAUAUGGUACCUAAAUAAUUAUUGAAUUGUAUAUUUUGUGAAUAGAGUCAUUUGUAAUCUAAAACAACAAAAAAAACACGUAUAAUGUAUCAAAUAUGCUAAUUCUACUAGACUCAUUCUGCAUCCUAAGAGAUGUUUAUUGGGAGGAAAAAGAUGUCCAAAGUUACGUUCUUGCAUUAUUUCACAAUAGUUUUUUGGUUUAGGUAUUCUGCAUAUACACUAAGUGUACAAACAUUAAAAAACCUUCCUAAUAUUGAGUUUCACCCCCCUCAUUUGCCCUCAGAACAGCCUCAAUCUGUUGGGCAUGGACUCUACAAGGUGUCCAAAGCAUUCCACAUGGAUGCUGGCCGAUGUUGGCUCCAAUACUUACCACAGUUGUGUCAAGUUGGCUGGAUGUCCUUCGGGGUGUUGACCCUUCUUGAUACACACGGGAAACUGUUGAGCGUGAAAAACCCAUCAGCAUGGAGUUCUUGACACUCUCAAAUCGGUGUGCCUGGCACCUACCACCAUACACUACUCAAAGGCACUUAAAUAUUUUGUCUCGCCCAUUCACCCUCUGAAUGGCACAGAUAAACAAUCCAUGUCUCAAGACAAUCGAUUGUCUCAAGGCUUAAAAAUCCUUCUUUAUCCUGUCUCCUUCCCUUCAUCUAUUCUGAUUAAAAUGGAUUUAACAAGUGACAUCAAUAAGGGAUCAUAGCUUUCACCUCGAUUCACCUGGUCAGUCUGUCAUAAUGUUUUGUACACUCAGUGUAUAUUUGACCGUAUGUAUUUAAUUACAUUGAGCUAGAUAAAAUAUACAUUUCUUUGUGAAGUUGUAUGGAUUUGUAAAAAAUAAACCAUGUGUUUUUUGAUUUAAUGUUACAAUAUUCGUUCCUACUCAAUAAAAAGCCAUAUCUGUUA